GACUUUAAAAAAUAUCCAACGUGGCCUUGGCUUGGCAGCAGUAAUCAUGGAUCAGGUAAUGCAAUUUGUGGAACCUAGCUAUCAGUUUGUAAAAGACUCCAUAAAACUUGUCAAAAGAUGCACCAAGCAUGACAGGAAAGAUGUCCAGAAGAUUGCCGUAGCAACAGCAACAGGCUUUGCGAUAAUGGGAUUUAUUGGUUUCUUUGUCAAACUGAUCCACAUCCCCAUCAACAACAUCAUUGCAGGCUGCUGAAUAUUUAUCAUGAAGAACAAGGUGUUGUGACACUUGCUGCAAAGAUUUCACAGCUUUAA